UUUUAUAGAUUUUAUAAUUAAUAACACCAAAACAAGCUUAAAAUUGUUAUUUUUAGAAACAUCAGAAGUUGGAACGGAACGAAAUUCUGACAUUUUGAUUGAAGCGUCAUGUGUCAUGUAUCGUUUCCCUCCUUUUCCGUUUGCCCGGUCUGUUGUGUUGUAUCGCGUCCGUGGGUGCUGUGCAAUUUGAGACUCUUAAAGGUAUAUUUUAGUUUUAUCACAUGAUAAACACAUACUCAGUGAUGAGUACAUACUCAGUGAUACAAUUCAGUGAUCAAGACGGCGGAUCAAUAUCCAUUGUAAAGAAUCAGUGGAUUACGCCAAGGCGUCGGGAGGUAUUUUGGCCACCCGUCAAGGGAUCUAAAGCUUUUGAAAAGGUGUUGGCGGAUACCAAAACACCGGAUGAGUAAUGGAAACGAUACUUCAUCCAAAGAGUUUUUUGUGUGACUGGUACGUAUAUAUUUAUUUUAAGAACCACGUGGAUUUUGCUAUUGACGAUAUAGAUAAAGCCAAAAGAAAACUGAAACUGGUCGAGGAGACAUCAGACUUACAGACUGAAGCAGAAGAAGAACCAAAUUUUAAGCGGAAAAGAAAUAACAGAUAUAUUUCCACAAGCGAUGAAGAUGACGGCCACAUAACGCCACCACCAAUUAAGAAAAAAAUCUUGAACAAAACAGCUGCUGCUGAUUACUAUAGAGAUAUCCGUCAGGCUCAGCCAAACAUUACCCGAGAUUCCCGGGAAGCCCCUUCAACACCAGAAAAAACCCUCUCAUUGCUGAAUGUAGUUGACGGGCUUCCUGUCUUGACAAACAGUGUCCUGCAAGAUUUAACAGAAGACGGCGAGGGGCGGCUAACUCCGGUUUCACGCAUACGUAGUCCUUGGUCGCGAAAAGAACAACCACCGAAUCUCGGCAGCGACGUGCCAGCAACGCCAUCGUGCGGUCAAGGAUUAAAAGGUUUGCAAGAUACAGUGGUGUCACUACUGACCCACAUAAAGGCCCAGAAUGAUAUAAUCAUCUCUAUUUUGCGAGAAAAACAUACAAGAUUGGAUUUAAAACCAGAGUUCAAAUUUCCCAUCAAAACUUCGGAGGAGUUGAAAAUUGUGGAAAAAUUAUUAACGUCACAAGAAAACCAUGCUAACGUGGUAGCCUACUUCAAGAGCCUUGGUGGACAGGGCGUUAAUAAUAAAGUAUCUAGAGUUAUGAAAGUUGCAUUGUCUGACUCUAUGGCAAGCAAGUACAACUUUUACGGUAAAAGAUCAGACAAGAAGCCAUUUGCAGAACUACGUCUCCGGGCGUGUGCAAAACCAUUCGAUGUAGAAGGAACCCACCAUCAAUUACAAUGUCACUACCAGCAAGCUUGUUGUGGAUCAGACUCUGGUGAAAACAAAUUCGGAUUUUAGAAGAAAUUCAAAGUGGCGGCCGUGUUUACAAUCUUUGACUACGAAUUCAUAUAAGGGUAUCUUUCGGAUCCUCAGAUGUAAUUUGUUAUCGUGACUAGAUCAAAUUUUCCGUCGGACGUACCGUUUUUGAACUACAAGAAAAAAACUUAAAAAUAGCAAAAAAAGUUCCACAACUUCUGGAAUGGAGCAAACUCGGAUUACACAAAUUUAGGAUCAAAUAAAGUUAUUAAGACGAUUUGACUGGCCUCUUAAAAUACUUAAAAAGUACCUUGUUAAUAUGUAGUUUAUAUAUUAUUAUUAAACUACUAGUUCCUUGAUGUA